AUGGCUCCCCGUUUCAUACCCGAACAAGGCACUGCGCCUAAUGUCCCUCGCGAUGCUAAGCAGACCUACGACACUCUAAAAAACGGUGGAGUCGUCAUCAUCCCAACCGAUGUCGGCUAUGCACUCUUGACGAGCACGCAGGCUGGAGUCCAGCAGAUAUUCUCAGCCAAAGAUCGCCGAGAGGGUCACAACAUCGGUAUCAUCGGGACAUACAAACAGCAUUAUGAGAUUCACGUGCUCUCGGAGGCCAAAUUCGAGAUGACACGGGUUCUGACUGAAGAUAUGGCGAUGAUUGUCGGGAUCAUUGCCAAAUAUGAUACCGAAAAUCUUCACCCGCGUUUGGCAGCUCUCGAUCCGGCGACGCUAUCGCAAGUCACGAAGGGCGAUACAGUCAGUAUAGCAGUCCCUGAAGGCCCAUUCUUGCGAGAACUGGGUCGCCUUUGCGACGAUGAUCCGACGGGCCAAGGACAGCGAUUCCGGGUCGAGGACAUUGAGCCCAAGGUGAUCAACGCGGUAGACUUGGUGGUGGAUUACGGCCUACAGAAAUGGCAAGUGUACAAGCGCGGUGGUAUGAAUUUCGAUGCGGAGAAUAUGAGGGUGCUGCGGAAGGGAGCCGGAUAUGAAGUCUUUCGCGACCGGAUGUUGAGAUGGUUCCCUCAUUUGCUGGAGGAAGCUGGUGUUACUAUGGAGGAGGAUCCAGAAUGUCAAACCAGCGAGCCGAAAACUGCAGGCUAUUAG